GCGGCGGCGGCGGGCGGCGCGCGGGGCGAUGGCGGCGCAGUUCCGCAGCUACGUGUGGGACCCGGCGCUGAUCCUGGCGCAGAUGGUGCUGCUGCAGGCCGGCUACUACAGCUCCCUCGGGCUCUGGCUCGCCCUGCUCGGCACCCUGGGCAGCGCCGGGCCCUCCCUUCACCAGGUCUUCAGCGACGAGAUUUUAGGCUUCUCGACCCUGCCGGGGAGGCUCUCCAUGAUGGCCUUCAUCCUCAACGCACUCACCUGUGCCCUGGCUUUGCUGUACUUCAUCCGGCGAGGAAAGCAGUGCCUGGAUUUCACAGUCACAGUUCACUUCUUCCACCUCCUGGGCUGCUGGAUUUACAACUCCCACUUCCCCUCCACCCUGACGUGGUGGCUGGUGCACAUUGUCUGCACAGCACUGAUGGCUGCCAUCGGGGAGUACCUCUGCAUGAGGAUAGAACUCAGGGAAAUCCCCCUCAAUUCUGCCCCCAAAUCCAACGUAUAGACUCACUCUGGCAACAACAUGCUGCAUUUUGUCAUUGUUUCCUGCACAAAUGCAUCUGAUACGCCUGAGAAUCAUCACUGAAGAAGCACAGCAGGUCUGUCCAGACUGUUUUUUUUUCCUGACCUUGGUGACUGCAUGAGUGUGAGUGUCUCCUCUGGCAUCAGCCAGCAAGAGGGGAGGAGCAGAUGUUUAUUUUGUUAAUACAAAGCAUUUAAUAUGACUGUUUGGAGUGGGUGCUCUUAAACUCUUCACUCAUGAGACUGUGAAAAGCCAGGCAGCAAAGUGUGAUGUGUGAGGAGCAUCUGGAAUUGAGCAAAACUCCCCUGUGUGGGUGAUGCAGUGGUCAGCUCUUCUUGCAGGAGAAGAGCAGCAGAGUGAGCAGUGGGGCUGGGAGCUGCUGCUUCUCAUCUGUAACUUGUUUGUUUGGGCUUUGCUUGGAAGAAAAAGUCAAGCAAGUGAAUGGAUGGGGAGAAAGAAAAUAGUUGUACUUACCUGAAUCACCAGCUGGGAUCCUAAAUAACCUGUAAUGUUAGAUGGGUUUGUUUGCUGUUUCCAUGUUUAAUACAUAGAGAUGUCAGCAGUUUGCUGAAGAAAUCUUUUAUAAUAAUAAAAAGAUGAUGUUGCUGUGA